CUACAUGUCCCGAAAACACCUCAGCGUCAACGCGUGAGCUUCUGUUUACGAACAAGGAAGCCACUGGUGUGAGUGACAGGUCUCAUCAUGGAGCUCUUCGGUGGCUUUCUGAAAUUGUUUGGAGUCGAGGCAAGUGGACUCUCUGUGACUGUGUGCCUCUUUCUGCUGUUCCUCUGCCUCCUUUACUGGUAUUCCGUCUACCCCUUCUCUGUCUUGGAACGCUGUGGAAUCAAACAUCCAAAGCCAUCACCAUUUUUUGGUAACCUCAUGCUGUUUCGAAACGGAUUUUUUGAAGCACAUAGAGACCUUAUAAACAAAUAUGGACGAGUUUGUGGUUAUUAUUUAGCACGGAGGCCUGUUGUGAUAGUAGCAGACCCCGAUAUGCUCAGACAUGUGAUGGUGAAGGAGUUCAGUAAAUUCCCCAACAGGAUGACAAUAAGAGGCAGCACUAAACCCAUGAGCGAGAGUCUUAUUAUGUUAAAGGACGAACGCUGGAAACGUGUCCGCAGCAUCCUCACACCAUCCUUCAGUGCGGCCAAGAUGAAAGAGAUGGUUCCUCUCAUCAACACAGCAACAGAGACGUUACUGAGAAACCUGAAGACCCAUGCCACGUCUGGUGACAGCUUUGACAUCCAUAAGUGUUUUGGCUGCUUCACAAUGGAUGUGAUUGCCAGUGUGGCGUUUGGUACGCAGUUGGACUCUCAGAACAAUCCAAAUGACCCGUUCGUGCACCACGCCUCCAAGUUCUUCGCUUUCACCUUCUUCCGACCCCUCAUGAUUUUCUUCCUUGCAUUUCCAUUCCUCCUCGCGCCCCUCGCUGGUCUACUCCCAAAUAAAUCAAGAGAUGAAAUGAACGUAUUUUUUAUCAGCUGUAUCCAGAAGAUCAUUAAACAGAGGGAUGAUCUGCCCCCAGAACAGCGACGACGAGAUUUCCUGCAACUGAUGCUGGAUGUGAGGAGCAACAGUGAGUGUUUGUCUCUGGAGCAUUUCGAUGUGGUAAACCAUGCUGAUGAACAGGCUUGCACAGAGCAGGGAACAGCCAAUGGACAGGAAAACAGUCCUGGCCAUGAAUCCAGCAGGCGCACCCAGCAGAAGAGAAUGAUGACAGAAGAUGAGAUUGUGGGCCAGUCAUUCAUCUUCCUGUUAGCCGGCUAUGAGACGAGUAGCAACACACUAGCGUUCACGUGCUACCUGUUAGCAAUCAACACAGACUGCCAGGCCAAAGUCCAACAGGAAGUGGAUGAAUUCUUCACCACACAUGAGACAGUCAAUUACACUAAUGUCCAAGAGCUCAAAUAUUUAGACAUGGUCAUCUGUGAGGCGCUCAGACUCUACCCACCUGCGUUCAGGUUUGCACGAGAAAUAGAGCAAGACUGUGUGGUAAAUGGCCAGUUUUUGCCAAAAGGGGUGUCUCUGGACAUCCCUGCAGGUUUCCUUCACCGUGACCCAGAGCACUGGCCCGAACCGGAAAAAUUCAUACCAGAGAGAUUCACUCCAGAAGCCAAGGCCAACCGGCACCCGUUUGUAUAUCUGCCGUUUGGAGCAGGGCCACGCAGCUGUGUGGGCAUGAGACUGGCUCAGCUGGAGAUAAAAGUGGCUCUGGUGCACAUAUUGAGAAGGUUCAACGUUAUGGCCUGCGAGGACACUGAGGUUCCUCUGGAGUUAAAGUCAAGCACAACACUUGGACCCAAGAAUGGAAUUCUUGUCAAAAUCACCAAAAGAGAGAAUUUUGAGGAUGAGUCCUGAUGAGUUUCCAUUCCAAGAUUUUACAAUCUGAUUCUUUUCUAAUCAUAUCACUUAAAAUAAACCAAUAUCUAAAUAUCUAAACUCUAAUUCUGGAAUCAAUUUCAUGUGUCGGUACUAGUCCAGGCAUCUUUAAGAGACUUAAAUGACCAGUUCAGUGGUGUAAGAGGAAGAUGGACUCAGUUUGUUACUGAAGCUAAUGAUCAUUUUCCUUAAUUAUGAUGUAAAUAUGAUUAACUAGAUCUAAUUUAAUCAUAACUGCUUUUUUGGGGGCCUGGGUAACUCAACGAAUAUUGAUGCUGACUACCACAUCUGGAGUCAUGAGUUAGAAUCCAGGGUGUGCUGAGUGACUCCAGACAGGUCUCCUAAGCAACCAAAUUGGCCCGGUUGCUAGGGAGGGUAGAGUCACAUGGGGUAACCUCCUUGUGGUCAUGAUUAGUGGUUCUCACUCUCAAUGGGGUGCGUGGUAAGUUGUGUGUGGAUCGUGGAGAGUAGCAUGAGCCUCCACAUGCUGUGAGUCUCUGCAAUGUCAUGCACAAUGAGCCACGUUAUAAGAUGUGUGGAUUGACUGGUCUCCGCAGUGGAGGCAACUGAGACUUGUCCUCUGCCACCCGGAUUGAGUUGAGUAACCACACCACCAUGAGGAUCUACUAAGUAGUGGGAAUUGGGCAUUCCAAAAUUGGGGAUAAAAAAUGAUAAGGAUAAAAUUAAAAAUUAAAAGGAGAGGCAUGUAUUUCCACUCUAGAAAUGAUUUGAGUGAUUUUGUAUCUUAUAUUAUUAUAUCCUUUUAUUUGACAUUAAGCUGCAAUGCAGCACCAUAAUAUGAUUGUCGAGGUUCAAGUUGUACAGAGUGUGAAUGUGAUUUUUUAUUUUACCCAACUUAUGAACAUUAGAAAGGGAAGAUAAACUUUGAUUUACUCAAAUGAUAAAAAAGUGAAUUUAAAUGACUAAACAAUAAAAAUGUUCCUUUGUGAGCAUAUUUCAGCUCCCUCACUGGGGUUCUAAAUGUAAUUAUUAUUUAAUUAUUUAAUUUUUAUACACAUUUUACAAUCAUAUUUAAUCAAACUACACAAUGAUCACUGUAAGCCAUUAUAGAUAUUACAGUUUAAUUUUUUUUAAUGCAUGAUUUCCUGUAAAGCUGCUUUGUAACAAUGUGUGUUGUGAAAAGCGCUAUACAAAUAAAAAUGACUUGACUUGA